UGACAUUUCCUGAUUGAAAAAGAAAAUAGAAUAGAGGGUGAAUUGUGAAUGAAAAUUAACGACAGCGCUCAGCUUUAAGUAGUUUGCAGGAGGAAUGAAUUCGCUCCUAUGUCUGCAUAAUACGAUUUAUAUCUUAGUAUAUCAGUUCCUAUUUUGAGCCCACCCAUUGACAAAAUAAUUCAUGACUGAAUAUUGUCACAAGAUCAGAGUAAACACGUCAUACCAGUUUUUAGUAUCUUGUGAGACUAUUUUAAACCAUUUAAGUACAGGAAAUUAAAGGCCACAGAACUCUGAGGUUUCUACUUUUUCAACCUUAAGAAGAGGUCAAUCUGUGCAAGAGUCUGUAAAGUAAAGAAUUUUUUCCAACUGAUCAGAAAGGCACCGGCUUUAAAAAAAGUACGAAAGUAAAAUAAAAUCGCAGUUGGUGUUAUUUCAGCGUAGCAUCGAAUAGACUUAAAUCUCCUCUUCAGUGCCAGCUUGGUCCUAUGGAGAAGUGGAGAAGGAAAUCUGGGAACGAUUUUCGAAAAAAGAGAAACUUGAAUUAAAUAAUAAAAUAGAAAAAAAAAAGGAAAGGAAAAUAGAUCAGCUCUUUGCAAAAACUCCAAGUUAUUUAUCAACUUCUGGCUAUGAUGCAUUUAUUAGUAAAAUGGUGAAGAGAAUUUAGUGUUCCAAGAAGAUAAUACUGAUAAGUUUGUCUGUCCCCAUAAAUUUUUUCCUGCACAAUCUAAGGAAUCGAAAGUUUGAGGAGACGCUACAUGUCAAGUUAUCCUGGGUUUUAGAGGGUUAUCUAGAAAAUUAAAGACAUUCAAAGCGUCUUUGUUUCUGUUUCGUGUAAUACGUGCUUUUGCAAGAUUCCCGCAAAACCCCCGCGUGAAGAGUUCCCAAUUCUAGUUCCACAAGAAUAUACCCAAGGCGUUUGUAAUUGGCUAUGUUGGUUAUUUUUCAUUAUGAUUAACCGGAGAUGCAUUCCGAAGCCUUUGAAAGAACAAUUCACCUGCAUGCCAAGUUACUUAAAGCGUGCGGUCGGAAAUGUGGUUAGCUAUAAAUUGCCUAAAAGCCACAUAAAUCAUACAUGCAAGUUUAAUUCAGAAAAAUAAAGCGAUAAAAUUGAAAUAAUAUGAUAUUUCUAACCACAACCGUUGUUGUAAUAAAGUUAUCAUCAACAAUAUCAUUUUUCAUUUUAUGGCAUUUAACAUUUUAAAAUUGUGACUAAUUUGACGGAAAUCGAGUAAUGUACCUUCAUGGUUUGUGUGCAUUACGAAAAAAUCUUGCAUCGAUCGACACUAGAUCACUGUUGAGCGUCUUAUUUUUGUGAGAAUUUAUUUAUUUGCUUAAGAAACUUAUGAUUGACGCGAAUGUUCUUCUAAACAACAAUAAACGUGACAGGUGAGGAGAGCUUGUCUCCUACAGGGUGUUCAAAAUUAUCGCAUUGAAUUAUUCAUGUUAGCACUCGCGCAUGCUAAUUCACGAGCUAGCGGAGCGAAUGGUGUGGAACCGUACGGCUUCCAACGGCUCUAGUAAGAGAAACACAAGUGAAAUUCUCCUCGCUUAAUUCAUGGGGAGAUAAAUGCCAUACGAUCUACCAAUCUAUACUUUUCAACACGGGAUUAGGUACUCUUGAAGUGUGGUAGUUAACUGAACCUGAAUCUCCAAGCAGUUGUCCUGCAUAAAAGUAGUCUAUGAAGUUUUGGAGACCACAGGCUGAGCUGCUUUCUGAAGAUGACAAAACAUUUCCACAACUUACCAGAAUUCAUGUGGCCUCUUCUGUAGGAAUGGAAAUGACAGUUAAUGAUGGUGGAUUUCUCAAUGCUGUCAGGGAUGGAAGCUGUACUCAUGUGCUAAAUCUUUUGCAUGGUGGAGGAGUGGAUUUGGAGCAGAAAGAUGAGAAUGGCCAGACAGCUCUGAUUAUUGCAGCUGAAAAAGGAAAUGUUGAAAUUGUUCAUGAAUUGUUAAAGAGGAAUGUUCAAGUCAAUAUACAAGAUGAGGAUGGUUGGACAGCCCUUAUUGCAGCUUGCAAAGAGGGACAUUACGAGGUUGUUAAAGAACUUAUGGAAAAUGGAGCAAAAGUCCAGUUACCAGACUUAGGCGGGUGGUCUCCUUUGGUAUGGGCCUCAUAUAAGGGACAUGCAGACAUUGUAAGGGAGCUGCUGGACUAUGGUGCAGACCCUAAUGAAAGAGGACAACAUGGUAUGACAGCCCUUAUAUGGGCGUCUGGACGGGGACACACUGAGGUUGUUGAUCAUUUGCUGGAAGCUGGAGCCAAUCCCGACGCUGCUGACAAGUAUGGGACUACCGCUCUUGUAUGGAGCUGCAGAAAAGGACACUUAGGAACGUGUAGAAGUCUUGUAGCAAAAAACGCGAACGUCGACACCGCUAGUAGUAGAGGUUGGACUCCGUUAAUAAUGGCGGCAAAAGGUGGUUACACAGAAGUGGUGGAUUGUCUUCUGGAAAAGGAACCACAUAUAAACGCAACAGAUCAGGAAGGGAAUUCUGCGUUAAGUUGGUCAGCCAAACAUGGACAUGAGGAGAUCGUCCAACGACUUUUGGCAAGAGGGGCGUACUUUAACUUACCAGAUAAAGAAGGUGAAACUGUAUUAAUCUCUGCAGCAAGGGACGGCCACUUAGAGGUUGUGCGGACAUUGUUAAGCAAAUAUGCAGAUGUGGAGGCUGCGGACACUGAAAGCAAGACAGCUUUGUUUCAUGCAGUUGAGAAAGGCCACACUUUAAUUGUGAAAGAGCUCUUAGAUGCUGGAGCGAACACAGAAACUCAGAACAAGGACGGAGAAACGCCACUCAUCAGAGCCACACAAAAAAAGCACACUGCAAUUGUUUCUCUCUUGCUGGAAAAAGGAGCCAGUGUCUCGGUAGCAGAUAAGCGAGGAGAUACCCCAGUUCAUAUUGCCGUCAGAGGAAGAUACCGACGCAUAUGCGAACUUCUGUUAAGGAACCCGAAGGAUGCUCGGCUUCUAUAUCGGCCGAAUAAAUCCGGAGAAACACCGUAUAAUAUCGACCGACAGCACAAACAUAGUGUGCUGACACAAAUCUUCGGAACUGGUCUGUUCACUCCGGGUAAAAAAUACAGUGAGGAAGUAAUGGGUUAUGAGGUCUACACCAGUGCCCUAGCGGACGUGUUGUGCGAGCCUUCCCUCACCACGCCACUGACUGUUGGAAUGUAUGCGCGCUGGGGGAGCGGCAAGUCGUUUGUUUUCCGGAGGUUGCAAGAUGAGAUGCGCGAGUUUGCUCAUCAAGAUCUUCGUCCAAUGUUUCACUUUUCUCGCUUCGUAUUUGUAAUUCUUCUGGUCUUCUGCGCAGUGAUUGGUGUUCUCCUCGCAGCAAGUACAAGUCUUGCCGCUGGAGUUGCCGUAGGAGUCGGAAUUUUCGUGACAUGUUAUCUGCUGUUUUUAUGCGCGUAUGUGGCAGAUAGACGCUACAACCGCGGGGAACCAUCCUGCGGCAUAGGCGGCUACGUGACCAAGGCAGUGGGUACCGUAAAACUCUUGAGCCAACUGGUAUUUUGUAUUCCUCCGUGCCCGAGCGCCACGAAGCCGAAUAUGCCAGUUCGCUUCCUCUUUACAGACUUUAGUAAAUUGACUUGCAGCGGAAGCGAAGCGGCCUCGUUGGUCGGAAUGAUUGAAACGCUUUGUGACGUUGUCGAGAAAGAGUUCGGUUUUUUCGUGACGAGGUUGUACAGAGUGUUUCGGUCCCAGCCUUCUGAUUAUGAUGAGUCGACAAUGACAGAGGCGCGGUGGAAACGCUGUUGUUGUUGCAUACCAACGUUCACGAUAUUUCUUGCGAUUCUCGCGCUUGGAAUGAUCGGUGUUGUGUUUUUCAAAUUAUACGGGACCAAGGGCAGUUCUGUUAUAACUGGCAUAGAAAUCGCAUCUGCUUCGAUCGUAGGCGUGGCGGUGUUGAUUCACCUACCCACGCUGUGUUCAAUCUUGUACUCGUUAGUUUUCUCGCAGAAAAAGCGAAUUUCCGUGGUAGCUACACAACUUGGUUUGAAAGAGGAGGGAUUCAUUCACGCUCUGAAACAAGAGGUUGAGCUCUUGACAGACUUGGUAAACUGCGUGGAUGGAUUCACCAGGCAUCAGACAAGAGUUGUGAUUGUAAUUGACGGACUGGAUAACUCGGAGCAGUCGAAAGUGUUACAGCUACUGGACUCUGUAAACUUGCUAUUCACUGAUCCCGAAGCACCUUUCAUUAUAUUAAUGGCGUUGGAUCCCCGGGUCAUCAUCCGGGCAAUUGAUCAAAGCUUUAGUAGUAUUAUGCGCGAGUCUCAUAUCAGCGCGUCGGAUUAUUUAAAGAGUAUAGUACAACUUCCUUUCUACCUUCCUGAACCCAAGUCUAAUUACACCGGGGUGUUGUCCACAGGGGUUGUCACCCUACUUGAAGAACUGAGAGGUGAGCUUCAGACUGACAACCCAGCUUUAGCGGAGCGCUCCAGCAUGGUGCGUUCCAGUGUGGCAGUGGACGAUCUGGAGUGGGACGGAGAGAUGUUGGAAUUAAACGAGGGCGAUAAUUGUCUCCCUCAGGGACAUAGACUAUCACGGGACUUGCAUAAUUGUAAUGGCGGGGUGCCGAGUCGGGUCCAUCCCGAGCUAGAGCUGCAUCACUCCAUGCUUUACGAGCCAGAGGGUCACGAGGAAGAGCGCUGUUUGGAUCAUCAGAAGCUACUGGACCACGAGUUGGAGCUCGAAGAGCGCCGCCGCAUUUCAACUGACCUUGCGCAAGUGCUUGCUGAUAACGAGACUGUAAAUCCUCUGGGCGUGAAACGCCUCAUGAAUAUCGUCUCUUUAACAUGUCGUCUGCUCCGUGCACGCGGUAUUGAAUACUCAUGGAAGCGUCUUGCAGCCUGGGUCAGUGUAGUAGACGGAUGGCCGUAUCGAACAUCCUGGCUUGUUCUUUUAAUCGAGGACAGCAACACCCGUUUGCAGGACAAUGUAGCGUUGAAGGAUCUUUACGAGGCGACACUGUCCGCCAUGCCAGUUAUCAAUGAAGUGGAUUGUGCAGUGGAUGGAGACCCCGUGUAUUUUGAAACUUUCCUCGCCAGUCAUCAUCCGCUUCUGAGCACUUCUGACGUAAGGCGUUUCCUGCCGUGCACCGUGCAUUUGGAUCCGUCGUUACGUAGACAGAUGGUGGAGUGUUUGCACUCAGGAACCAGCGUAACGGGCAAUAAAUCCGAUACUGGUAGCGUUGGCAAGGGAAAUCCACAUCUGCAGGUCGGCGCCAUAGGAAGAUCUGACAAGCGAACAAGCUUACCCACUUUAACUAUCGAAAAUGUUUGCAAACAGCUCGCUGAAAUGGAGGGUUUGGACCAAAAGCAGAUAUCCACUUAUCAGGCGGUCGUAACAGAAAAUAACAUCAAUGGUAAAGUUCUGGCAUCUUGCGACUUGACUGAACUCAGCCACAUCAUGGGAAUGACGUUCGGUGAUUGGCAACUGUUUCGUGCAUGGAUACUAACGGCUAGAAGUCCAAAUCAAGAAUGCAGUACGUGUCACUUGAGUAACAGAUGUGUAAGCCCAGGAGAGAUGAAUUGCCAGCUGCUCAAGACGUCUUCAGGCGCAUGGGAUCACGCCAAUCCGCUGGUCGCCCCUGGGAGGAGCAGCGCAGAUUCAGCGGAACAAGCUCCACAAGAGUAUCAUUUAUCGAAAACCCCGGACAUAGUAUUGCAGCCUCCGUCGGCGCCGGACAGCGAAGAGGAAGACAAUAACGGGGAAACGGUUAACACGGCGGAGACAGAACUUGAAAAGGAUGAAAGCGUAACGAGAAUGAAUGAGUUAUCCGAUGGCGAUGAAGAUGAAAGAGCUAAAAGCUCUGGUGUCGGCUUGAAUCAGAUUAAAAUUAAGGAAGACAGUGUUCUUAUUUCUCUGGAGGACGACAUUAACCUCCCACCCCAGCCUCAUCUUCCUGCGGCGUUCGAGGACGAUGACGAUGAUGACGAUGAGCUCCCUGCCCCUCCCCUCAGCGGUACCGAUUUGAUCACGUUUAGUGAAUCAGAAGACCAGCGCGAACGUUCGGACGUUGAGAAUGAUAUUUUUUUAGUUCAGCCAGGUGCAUCGAACGCACAUGGAAAAGCAAUUAAUACUGCUCCAGUCAUGGAAUGCACAUGUGAGAGUCUAAAGCUAACAGAGCCUGUCCAGGAGCGCAAAUCUUCAAAGAAUUCUCUCUUCUUUGACACGGAAGAUAGCGGAGAGGUUGGUCGUCCUGCCCCCAUUGUUCUAACGCUAAACAGGAACGGACCGGUGAAGUCUGCUGUGGCCGUCAAACGAAGCAAUAGUUCUUCAGGAAGUAGCACAAGUAGUUCUGGUUCAGGUCGAUUGCCAAUUUCACAAUCGGUUUCCACAGAUUUCCAUAACGAGAAAUCUGCGCCUAGUCUUUCUCCAUCAACACGAAAAAAUUCUCUUCCGGAGCCUAGCCAUGUGAUACGACCUCACUCUGCUUCGGAUAUUGUCGCUAUUGAACAUCGCCCCAAAUUUUUAAAGAAGAGCCCGCCGGUUGAUUCGGACAGCGAACCUGAACCGUUUGCGCAGGCUUCGGAUCCGUUGAUCCCCGAACCAACGAAAGAAGACAAGGAUAUAAAACGUUUUAGUCGUGAUUCAAACGACUUCCCACCACCUCCACCGUCUAUCGAAGACAGCUCAACUUUCGACCAAGGGGACUGCCCCUGGGUGCCACUUAUGACUCGAUUUCAAAUCGAGGCAGGUGGUUCGUCUGUUUCGGAAAGCGAGCAACCGAUGUUACUGGAUCGCCGCCCGAGACCUAAAUCGUCAACGGGUGUGAAUGAAAAUAAAGCACCCAAAUUUCGCACGUAUACUCCGAAACCUAGACCAACUUACGUGGAAACUAAAAGUAACCAACAUCAAAAUCUGAAAAGCGAGACUUGCGUGUGAUAUGUGGAGCCUUAAGGAAUCUUUGGGACGUCAGCGUCGAUGUGACUUCAGUUCAGGAAAUUUACAUAAAGGGACAAAUGAGAGGAAAGAAGGUUGAACAAUAUGUUGACGGUUGCUAUGGUUUACAGGAAGAACGGACCAUGGUUUGAAAAUUUUGUAUAUAUUCUAGCGUGUAUUGAGAUCAAUUUUGAGAUCUAUGGACCUGAAAUUAAAAUUCAUUGUGAAAAGAAAUUCGUUGCAUCCGCGGACGAAGUCAUCCGUCUCUUAAUAUUGAAGGUGUGGAUAUGGGAUAUUGCUCAUCAAAAUUAUUAGAUUUUUAAAGUCGAGUUUAUUUGGUAUUUCUCUAGUUGAACAUUUGUUUGUAAUCGAAGUGACGAGAAGCGUGUUUGAGAUUUAAUAUUUUCAGAUUUUUAAACAAUUAUGAAGACUCUGAGCUCACAAUGCACCGAAUCUUCAGUAAUGAAGGUUUAUGAUCAAGCUAGUAAGAAACGCAAGGUUUUGUGGGAUUUUGUCUGAAAGUUUUAAUAUUCAUUUUGGUAAAAGAGCGCUUUUCGAUCGAGUAUCGUAGAACCAAAACCAAAGUAAUUACAACGACCAAUCAGAGGAAAGGAAAAUAACUUGAGAGCCAAUGAGAACUCGAGGUAAAAACAAGCCAACUGUCUACAGGGCGGGAAAACGCGGGCAACCAAAUCGUGAUUGGAUUUAGUUUUGCAUCCGAUUCGUUGAAAGUGGUCCGAAUUUUCUCGACCAGUCACAGGGCGAAGUAAAGCAAACACAAAGCAAUCUCGAGAUACUUCUGAAUGCUCAAUUGAAAAUUGCUCCAACAAAGAGAAUUGGAUAGAUUUUUGAUUUACCGAAACCUUUUGGUUUAUCUUAAGUUCAAUGUUUGAACUUGGUUUUUGUGCAUGUUUUUUUUAUUUUCAAUCUAACUAUUGUAUUUGUGACCGUCGCAAAGUUAAACCAGUGACGCUACGUCUUGUAAGUAACAGCUUAUAUAGCACCCUUUGUGAACCAGUCCUAGGACACAAAUAUCCAAGCUUAGGAAAGCGCGGGAAAACAAUUCGCGGGGGGAACGUUUUUCUCCCACCUGAUUGGAUUGGGCUUCAAAUCUUAGAACAAUUUCAAACUCAACAAAAACAAGAGCCAAGGAGAUUCUUGAUCGAAUUUGUUAGCUUGCUGGUGAAUUCGUGAUUUGACUGCCUUAAGAAUUGAUUGCUAUGGAGCUGCACGGUAUUUCACUGUAAUUUGCAGUCUAUUUAUUUACGAAUAUAUGUCGUAAGUUUAUGAGCUCGAGAAUGAGUGGAGUGAACGUUAAAUUAUCAAUGAAAUAUACGGUCAAACUAUG